GAUACACGAUGGACCUAUCGAUUGUUGGUUAGGCACAUUUACCGUCUCUAGAAGGCCGCACGUGUUUACGUUCUGUGGGAAAUAUUCUUGGCUUCUCUUAAAAAAACGUUGCAUUUUAUAGAAUACUGACAUGCCGCGCUCCAAACGUGAUAAGAAAGUUUCCCUGACCAAAACCGACCGCAAGGGUCUGGCUUGGAAACAGCGCAUUGUGGACGACAUUCGCUUCUGCGUGGGCAAAUAUCCGAAUAUAUUUGUUUUUCAAGUUCAGAACAUGAGGAAUAGCUUGCUGAAGGAUCUGCGACAGGAGUGGAAAAAGAAUUCACGUUUUAUCUUUGGGAAGAAUCGAGUUAUGCAGAUUGGCUUGGGUCGCACGAAAAGCGAGGAAGUGGAGCCCGAAUUGUACAAGCUUUCCAAGCGAUUAACUGGCCAGGUGGGACUGCUGUUCACUGACAAAUCCAAGGAGGAAGUCCUGGAAUGGGCCGAAAACUACUGGGCCGUUGAAUACGCACGUAGUGGUUUUGUAGCCACGGAAACGGUUACCCUGCCAGCUGGUCCACUGGAGGACUUCGCACACUCAAUGGAGCCCCAUCUGCGUUCCCUGGGCCUGCCCACCAAACUGGAGAAGGGAAUCGUUACGCUGUACAGUGACUACACGGUUUGCGAGGAGGGCAAAGUUCUAACACCCGAACAGGCGAGAAUCCUCAAGUUGGUGGGCAAGCCGAUGGCCAAAUUCCGGCUAACCAUGAAGUGCUCUUGGACCAAAAGCGAGGGCUUCCAGCUGCACGUUGAGGAUGAUGUGAACGACGAGGAACAGGCUGAUAGCGCCAUGGAAGAGGAGGCUGAAGCCGAGGCCAUGGAUGACAACGACGAUGAUGAUGACGAGGAGGAUGAUGAAUAAAUUAGUUUAAAGUGUAGAAUUAAUUUUUAUGUAUAUAUCAAGUGCAGAAAAUAUACGUAUAUUU